AUGGGCAGCGCCGCAGAUGUUGGGCAAGUUGUUAAGAUCUACUGGGCGCUGCUGCUAGGAAACGUUCUGGAAUGGUAUGAGUUUGCCAUCUUCAGCUUCGUGGAGCCUUACUUGGAAGCUCAGUUCUUCAACGGCUCGGCGAUUUCGACCUGGCUCGGAUUUGCUUGUACGUUUGUAGCUCGUCCAUUUGGUGGAAUCGUUCUUGGUCUUCUCGGCGACAUCUUUGGUCGGAAGGUCUCAACGUUCCUUUCCAUUUGCGGAAUGCUCAUUGGCACAGUCGGCCAAGGAUUAGUGCCCAGCUACCAGAGUGGCGAAGUCGCAGGGACCAUCGGCCUGGUUCUGCUGGUGGCGCUGCGACUUCUGCAAGGCAUUUGCACCGGAGGGGAGAUUGCAGCUGUCUCGACUUACAUCACCGAAGUUGGUCCGAAGAGAUCGCUGGCAAGGUCAACGGCAUUGAUCGGCAUCACAGCCAACAUCGGCUUUUUGCUCGCUCAAUGUGCCAGCUAUCUGACACGCGAGGCCGUUGGCGCGUCCGCUAUGGAAAGCUGGGCUUGGCGGAUACCCUUUGUCAUUGCUGUGAUCCCAGGUGUGAUUGCAACUGCUGGGAGACGCUGCAUUCCAGAAUCGCAGGUCUUCCUCGAUGCCAAGACUCAGACAGGAGCGACAUCGGACGUGUCCGACGGCGGUUCCGAGUCUGCUGAUGCCAACUCGGGCGACUCGGCAGGCUCGCGAGGCGCAGCAAGCCAGGCGGUCGCCCGCAUCAAGCACCUGGUGAAGUCACAGUGGCCGUCGCUACUAAUUGGAAUCGGCAGUGUGGCUGGAGGAUCCGUCUUACAGUAUGGUGGGUUCCUUUGGGGCAAUGUUUUUCUGAAAAAACAUGGUGCGACGCCUGACCACUUAAUAGCAGCCGGAAUCACAGCACGCAUGCUGGCAGUAGUUCUUGCGCCUUUGGUGGGGUGGCUUGCUGACACAGUUGGAGUCGGUUGGAUUCAGCUUGCUGGCACAUUUGCUCUGACCUUGGGUGGAUUGCCACUCUUCCUCGUGCAAAAGUGGAUGCCCGAGAGCUUCGGGGUAGUGAUGGCAGCUUAUGGAGUAGGAUAUGCAAUCAUUUUUGCUCUGACGGGGAUGAUCGUCUUCCUUCUCGUCGUGGAGCUGUUCCCGGUUGAGGUGCGGAAUGCGGGCGUGGGCUUGAGUUACAACAUUGGCUUAUGCGUCUUUGGAGGCUUUGCUCCGACUCUUUUGCAGGCAUCGCUUUCUUGGACCUCGUGGGGACCUGGGUGGCUGAUGUCCUGUGCCGGCCUUGUAUCGCUGGUGACAUUCCUCACCAGCAUCUGGCUUCAGUCCACUGGAAAAGGAAGUCUGCAACUCGCACAUAUCAGGCCGGAUCCAUACUUCGUCCUACCGGGGCGAACGAUGAGCUCUGCUCAGACGCAAAGUGGCCCUGCAAAGGUUUGA